AUGGCCGGUGGAUACGUCAAGGCCAAACAUCAAGCAGCCGGCCACGAUGGAAACUUUACGGACGAGUUGGAAACGCUUUUUUUCAAACCAACCAAUGCCAUUGAGGUCGACUUUUACCAAAAGUUCAGUCAAAGUUCAAGACAAGAAGAAAGCGAAGGCAUAAACUUGAGCUCCUGGAUGCCUACUUUCCUGGGCACUUUGCAACUUGGAUUCCCUGAAAACGUCUCUGCAAAUGCUUUUCUUCAAAGCAGUGACAUGGAGGUGCCUAAAAACGUUGCGUCAAUUACCAAUGCAUCUUCAUCAUCAUCGAUAGCAGCCAACCAGGAAAAACCCAUCAUUGUCCUGGAUAAUCUGCUGCGAAAGUUCAAAUCACCAAAUAUCAUGGACGUUAAACUAGGUAAAGUGUUGCAUGACGACUCAUGCUCGGAAGAUAAAAAAUCAAGGCUGCAGAAAGUAAGCAAUGACACUACAUCUGGGACACUUGGUUUCCGUAUUUGCGGUUUAAAAAUUCAAAAAAACGAACUAUCGAUUGGUCUGGACACAAAAUUCUGCGAAUCAGAUGAUGAGGACUACGUGGCUGUUAAUAAGUUCUACGGAAGAUCGCUUACCGCAGACAAUGUUGAGGAUGCUUUCAAAAUGUACUUUGCCCGCGAUUAUUUAACUCAGCUGCAAAGAGAGAGCCUCUGUGAUGUUUUUCAAAAGCGUCUAAUGCUUCUUUACAAUACGCUUCUUGAUGAGGACGUGCGACUCAUAUCUUCGAGCUUACUUUUCAUUUACGAAGGCGAUCCGUCAAGUUGGGAAGAACUUGGUGACCGUCACGAGCUGUUGGAAGCUAACUACGACCCUGAUUCAAGUGAUAGCGAGGAUGAAAAUGCGGGUAGCAAAUGCCUAAGUUCUCUCUCGUUAAUUGACUUUGCACAUUCCAGACAUGUUCCUGGACAAGGAUACGACGAAAAUGUUGUCAUGGGAGUUGAGUCCCUUUUACAGAUUUUUUCGAACAUAUCAUCAUAG